AACAUAAAAUAUCCGAACCCAUUCACCAUUCACCCACCCACAUGGUUUGAUGCCAUCUCCCCUGAAACUGGUUCGCUCUGCUUCACAUACCUCUCGUCAAUGGCGGCAAUCAACCUACCAUCACCGGCUCAAGUUUCCUCUUCCUCCUCCUCUCUGCGUCUUCUCCCUUCCUAUUCUCUCCAAAAUGGCCCCACCCUCUCGCUCUAUUCACACCCCAGCCCUUCCCAUCUCUUUCCCUCUCUCUCUCUCCGACCCAAACCCCCAACCAGACCUCACCGCCGGACCGCCGUCGCUUCGGCUCUCGGGAAGCUAGCCGAGACCGAUUCCGUCGUCGUCCCGCAGGAACCCGACGAAUUGGCCGCCAAAUUCCCGGGGGAGACCGGGGUGUACGCGGUCUACGAUAAGAACGGCGACCUGCAGUUCGUUGGGAUAUCUCGGAAUAUCGCCGCCAGUAUUCUCGCCCACCAGAAAUCCGUGCCGCAGCUCUGUUGGUCCGUCAAGGUUGGAGUGAUGGAUGAGCCAGAUAGAACAGCUCUAACCCAGGCCUGGAAAUCAUGGAUGGAAGAACACAUAGGAGCCACAGGAAAGGUUCCACCAGGCAACGAGUCAGGAAACACAACAUGGGUUCGUCAGCCACCAAAGAAGAAGCCUGACCUACGCUUAACCCCUGGCCCCCACGUCCAGCUUACAGUCCCGCUGGAGGAACUCAUCGAUCAGCUGGUGAAAGAAAACAAGGUGGUGGCCUUCAUCAAGGGAUCAAGAAGCACCCCAUUAUGCGGGUUUUCACAGAGGGUGAUCAGCAUACUGGAAACCGAAGGGGUCGAUUAUGAAAGUGUCGACGUGCUCGACGAAGAGUAUAAUUCCGGAUUGAGGGAGACACUGAAGAAGUACAGCAACUGGCCUACAUUUCCUCAGAUUUUUGUGAACGGUGAGCUAGUUGGGGGGUGUGACAUCUUGUCUUCAAUGUAUGAGAAGGGUGAGCUUGCUAGUUUGUUCAAAAAGUAGAAUACACCCUCUGUCUGUUGCUAUAGGAAUGGUGUGGAGUGCAAAUGGGACGAAUAUGAUUUAGGAUCAUAGAGAAACCCAGACUUUCAAGUCAACUAUUUGUUAAUUGUGUUAGAUUGAUUAACUUCUGUGAGGAAUGAGAUUUUGAAGUUUCUGAAUGAUGGUAUAAUGUUAUCAGAAGAAGUAUUGAUAUGAUUAGCUGGGGUUGAAUGAAUGAAUUUUAGAAA